AUGUCGCCUGAACCAAGAGAUUUACCCUUUCCGCCAAAUCAACUAGUUUGCUUUUAUUAUUUGGAAUUUCCGUAUUCUUUGUGGUCAUCACAACUGACAAAUUUAAUAAAUGAAAGUGCUUCUCAAGAAGAUUCUUCGAUCAAAAGUGAAUUAAAAAUAAAUGAGGAUGCUUCUCAAGAUACAAUCACUUUAGAAGAUUCUUUUUCCACGAAUGAAUUAAAAAUAAAUGAGGACAAAAUUAACGCUUUUGAUAUUGAUGUAUCUAAUGUGCCUUUGAAUGCUCAUUACCAGAAGAAUGUUAUAGACGAGUUUUCAUUAU